AUGUUCGAUCUACUUAAAGAGAAACUCCACAGGGAGAAGCAUAGAAAGAACACUGAAAGGGGCCCAUCUGAGCCGCAGGGUGUUCUUUCAACCGUAUCCGCUCCAGCCUUGCCCGAGAAAGAGCCUAGUGAAGUAGUACUUACCAAGCAGGUAGCACUGGGGCCUCCUCAAAAGACUAUUGCCCCUCCUAUAGAACAGUCCACAAGGCAUGCACCUACAGAGGCACCAAACCAGACGGAAUCCCCACCAAAGGACCUUUGGCUAGAUGCCUUCAACAAGCUACCUCCGUCUAAGCAAGAUACUCUGCGCCGAAUGGGGUUCAAUACACUCAGUACUGCAUGUGGCCAGAUGGAGUCCACCAUCAAUGACCUUGUGGGUGUUGUCAACCAGAAACAGGAGGAAUGCAAGAAGAAGUUCUGGCACGUCUCAAUCGGAGGUGAGGAUAUUGUUCUCCGGAACUAUACGACUCGGAUUUUGGGCUGGCUAGAGAAAGCCGGAGAUAUCGCCGUUCAGUUUGCACCACCUCAGGCUAGUAUCCCCUGGGACCUGAUAAAGAAUGUGAUGCAGAUUCCCGUGAAUGAGAGUGAGCAGAUGGGCGCGUUGCUAGCCACCACUGAGAAAAUAGUUCGCAUCACGAGUCGUGGUCAAGUCUAUGAGCAGAUCUAUCUCCCUCAGACUUGCGACGUACCUCUCGACAGCGUUCAGAGAGGUCUGGAGUCAAGUUUGCUCCAGAUAUACUCUCAGUCUUUGGAUCUGCUCGCGGAAUCAUUGACUUUAUUCUCUUCUGGGACGGCUAAGCGUACGCUCGAAGCCAUUGUGAACCCUGAAAAGUACACCGGAACUCGAAUCGGAAUGUUGGAGUGGAUUUCACCAAUUCCUUUUGGCAAGCAUCAUGCCGACAUCAAAGAGAGGAGAACACCCAACACUGGCGAAUGGCUGGUUCAACAUGAAGAUUUCUCCACCUGGGAAGAUAAAAAAUCUUCAGCCUUGUUUUGGCUUCAAGGUCCACCGGGUACCGGGAAAACAUACCUGACUUCAACUGUUAUUGAUCGCAUCCAAGGCAGGCUGAGUGAUUCACAAAAGGAUGAAGGGCUUGCCUUCUUUUACUGUAAUCGGGACGAAGAAGACCGAUCGACGCCACUCUCCAUUCUCCAGAGUAUUGUCCGUCAACUUUCGACAACCGCGAGCAACCCUGAAUCUGUCCAAAUCAGGCUUCUUGAAGCUUACAAGAAUGCACGCAAUAGAGGAUCGAAUUUCCGGUCUGAUGAGUGCAAGAAGCAAAUUCUAGCCUCGUUCGAAACAUACCAACAAACAACGUUGGUAAUCGACGCCAUGGAUGAAUGUGAUCCUGAUUCACGGUACGAAUUGAUUGAAACAUUAAGCUCUUUUGUAUCUGAUACUCGACAGCCGGUGAAGAUUUUCAUAUCUAGCCGGCCUGAUCCAGAUAUAAGAAGUCUGCUUGAAGAUACUUCUAAUAUCGGUAUCUCAGCAAAUGAUAAUCAAGACGAUAUUCUAAAGUUCCUGACUCUUGAACUUGAGAAGCUCUCAAAGAAAGCUGCGUUUAUCAAGCGCAUCAAGGCCGAUAUUAUUGACAGAUUGCUUCAGCGCUGUCAAGGAAUGUUCCAAUGGGCAUCUCUGCAGGUUCAUCAAAUCGUGAAAUGUAGGAGCGAGUCAAGCGUCUGGAAACGUCUGGAUAACCUCCCGGAAGAUCUGCAGAAAGCUUAUGACGAGAUCUGGAAUGACAUCGAAAGUUUAGAGGAGCCCGACCACAGUGUCGUGAAGCGCGCCUUGUGUUGGGUAAUGGCUGCGCCAAAACCCAUGUCCAGUGAGAUGCUUCUAUCAGCUAUUCGUGUCGAUUCGGACGGGAAUAUCAUGACACUCGGUGAUAAGCUUGAUGAGGAAGGCUUGCUGUCUCUGUGCAAUAACUUCCUCAUUGUGGAUGCUCAAUUGGAGGUCUGGCGUUUCCCACAUCUCUCGGUUAGGGAAUACCUAGAGAAAAAGCCAGAUUGGUCCCUUUCAGAUGCUCAAAGCCAUGCCGCCAGCACUUGUUUGUCGUAUAUGAUGAAGGCGUACCAAACCAAAGAUCUUGACAUCAAUUCUGAGUCCGAGAAGAAAGAAACUCCAAUAAAUUCAAGCGAGACAGGGGAGUCAGAUAAUGGUUUUGGUAAAAGUCACCCGUUUCAUCUCUACUUGAGGCACACCUGGUACCAGCAUCUCCGCCUUGUGAAAGAGACUGAAGAAGCCAAGUUAAAACCACUUUUAAAGUUAUUCCUUGGGUCUCCUCAUAGCUCCAGUAUGCAGUAUCGCAAUUGGCAUCAAUUGGCUUUUCAAGAUACGAGGUCAUGGGGUACCUUGUGGAAUAAUGAAUUCCAUGCUGUCAGAUACUUUGGCAUGGACUCUCCAAGGGAUAUCAUGGAUGAGAUUUCACCCUCGAACUCCGCUAUUUUGGCUGUUUGCCGAUUCUCUUUCCCUGAUGUUUUUGCAGAUUGGUACGAGGAGGGUGCUAUCGACAUCACUUGCCAAAACAAGAGAGGGGCUAACCUGCUCUUUCUUUCGGCUCUCGCAGGCAGUACGUCUAUCUGCAAGCUUUUGGUACAGGGAGAAAUAGACGUGAACUUCAUCCUUGAUACAAAUUAUGAAAUGGGCCAGACUCAACACAAGAGCGCAUUGUCAGCAGCAGCAAUUCAUGGAAAUUUGGAAAUCGUCAAAUAUUUGGUUGAAGCAGGAGCAAAUGUGAAUGCAGUUCUGCCACAUUCAGGCCAUGAAAUCAGCAACAGUGCUUUUGAAUCGGCAAUCAUGUCUGAAAACCUUGAACUGGUGAAAUACCUAAUUCAAGAAGUGAAAGCCGACAUAUGCCUCUCAAAAUUCCGAGACGGGGAGGUUUUGUACGGAAUAGAUCAGACCAUUGCCGCUGUUUCUUCGAUCCACAAUGUUGAAAUGCUAAAGUUUGUACUUGAAACGACUGGAGCGGAUGUGAACAUGCGUAUACGUCCUAUCCUUCUGAGUCAUCUUUCAAGUGCCCUUGCAAUCAAACUUUUCAUAUCAGAUGUGGAGGGCGUUGAGUUUCUUCUUCGAGAGACCGAGGCUGACGUGCAUUUACCACUCCACGGCUCAGAGUACGGUAGCGCUUUUGAAUACUCUGCCGCUGAGCGAUCCCCCACGGGGUUCAACUUCGCCGAGCUCCUUAUUGAAAAAGGCGGGGCAAAAGUGAAUACACGAUCUACCGAGGGCAAUUAUGGCAGUGCUCUUGCGGCUGCAUGUGAAUGGGAUCUUAGCAUGGUCGAGUAUCUUGUGGAAGCAGGAGCGGAUGUAAACUUGUCUCUUGUGGUUGGAGAUCAUGGGAGUGCUCUCGCAAGGGCCAGUGUAUACAACAUUGAAAUCGUUGAGUUCCUGGUGAAAAAGGCAGGGGCUAGUGUUAACGCUUCUUUUGCUGUUGGAUAUUAUGGUAGCGCGCUCGCAGCGGCCUCUGCAUACAGCGCUGGAACUGUUAAGUUCCUUGUUGAAGAGGCAGGGGCUGACGUGAACAUGCCAUUGGAGCACCCGGAUUUUGGUUGCGCACUCACACGGGCUGCUUUAAACGAGGAUCCCAUGGCGAUGGACGCUUUGAUCCAGGCUGGUGCUGAUAUAAAUGUUCAACACCCAGCUAAAACGUAUGGAACACCCUUGAUUGUUGCGUCUCUUUUUGGGGACAGAGAUUGUGUUGAACGCUUGAUUCAGGCAGGUGCAGAUGUCAAUCUGAAGUUGGAAAAUGUCAGCCGUUUUGCAACCGCACUGGAAGCCGCACAAGCUGAAUGGUCUGAGCAAGACACAGACCUGUUUGAGAAUCUCGUUUAUCCGAGAACAAGGGGUCUCUCGGAAUUUGAUAUCGAACAGCGAAAAGACCAGAAGCCCGAGAUCGUCAAACUUCUUCGAGAGAAUGGAGCAACUGCUUGA